AUGGUGCUUCUCAACCUGCUGACGUUUGGGCUGUGGUCAAAGGUUGGACGCUUAACGCACUACGCCUUCGAUGCCGUCCUUACUGGCAGGCAUGAAGCGGUCGACCGGAUUGACGUGAGUACCAUAUCACCAGACUCUUGCAACCGUGCCUCUGCAAGUGGCUUAUUUGUUCCCCCUUCGGGAUAUCCCAGGCCCAGUUUCAAGACAGAAAAGGUAGCGGGCGAAAACAAAGAGGUCUCAAGAUGGAUAGACAAGUAUCUCGGGGUAGGCGAGUGGGUGAUGGAUCAGUCUGUCGCCUUUGCAGGGUCUAGUGGCUUUUUCGAGCGAAGAAGAUGA